GGGUCCGGUACGUGCGAACCCAGGUCACGAAGCAAUUGCCCUAGUUGUGAGUACACCCGUCUCUCUCUCUCUCUCUCGCUCUCUCUCUCUCUCUCUCGUGGCGUCCGCACAGAGAAGACGGGGCUGAACUCCUCACAGUGCCUCCUCCCUGUCUCUCUCAGACUAGGGCUUGGGAGUUCGAUUGACGGUGGAAUUGGGGUGAUCCCAUCCUUUGUUUCUUCCUGAUUGAGUGUGUGUUUCAGAAAUCCUCAAUUUGGAGGAUUAAUUGGGAGUAGUUGUUGGAGGGGUCAUUGGAUUAUGGGCAGCAGUGAGGCUGAUGCAUCUGCCAAGGCUCCAAAGACAUCCACAGCUCAGUGUUCUUGUUUUAGGAACAAACUCCUGCCACUAGCUCCACCCCUGCUGUGACUGUUUACCCAGACUGGUCGACCUUUCAGGCAUAUUCACCGAUUCCACCACAUGGUUUCUUCCAUUCUCCGGUGGGAUCGAGUCCCCAGCCUCAUCCUUACAUGUGGGGACCUCAGCACCUUAUGCCACCAUAUGGAACUCCGCCACCUCCGUACGUAAUGUAUCCUCCUGGAGGGUUAUAUUCUCAUCCAUCUAUUCCUCCUGGGGCACAUCCUUUUAGCCCUUAUGCUAUGGCUUCUCCGAGCAGCAACAUUGAGGCUUCUGGAACUGCUCCUGGAGUGGACAUUGAUGGUAAGUCAUCUGUAGGUAAGGAAAGAAGUCCCCUGAAAAGAUCCAAAGGAAGUUUAGGUAGUUUAAAUAUGAUUACAGGGAAGAACAACAGCGAGCCAGGUAAAUUAUCAGGGCAACCAGCCAAUGGAGCCUUCUCUCAGAGUGGUGAAAGUGGAAGUGAGAGUUCAAGUGAAGGGAGUGAUGCCAAUUCUCAGAAUGAUUCACAUCCAAAGACAACCGGUGGGCAUGAAUCUCUUGGUGCAGAGGCAUCCCAGAGUGGUUCUCAGAAUGGUGUUACUCGAACUCCAUCACAGGCAAUGCUGAGUCAUCCGAUGUCUAUGGUGCCUAUGCCAGCAACUGCACCAGGGGCAGUUGCUGGUCCUACCACAAACUUAAAUAUAGGGAUGGACUACUGGGGUGCUCCAAGCUCAUCACCUAUACCAAUGCAUGGUAAGAUUCCUGCAACUGCAGUUGGAGGAGCUGCUGUGCCUGGUGCUCCUAGUGAUAUUUGGUUGCAGGAUGAAAGGGAACUUAAAAGGCAGAGACGAAAGCAAUCUAACCGGGAAUCUGCACGUAGAUCCAGAUUACGUAAGCAGGCAGAGUACGAGGAGUUGGCUCAACGCGCUGAGGCUUUGAGAGAGGAUAAUGCUUCCUUGAGGGCAGAGCUGACCAGGAUCAACAAGGAUUACGAGCAUCUUCUUUCUCAGAACACGUUGCUUAAGGAGAAGCUUGGAGAAGCAAAGCAAGGUACGGAAGACCAAACUCUCGACAGAAAAGAACAACAUUCUGGAGAUGGCCCCAGCAGGAACUUGGAUACCGAGGCGCAAACAGCGGAAACAGAGCAAGUACGGAGUGGUGUGUAGCACUCACCUGCUUGAGAUUGGAGCCUAACCCUAAACGACCUGGCACGCAGAUUACAUAGUAUGAUUAAUAUCUGAAUAUUAUAGCUGUUGCUGUUGAUUGGAAGUAGGUUGACUUGUGUCAAUAUCGACCACUUUAGCCUUGGUUUUUGUAUUGAGCACUGUCUUGCUUUUAAAUAGUCAUUAAUUGAGCAGAUAUAGGGUGCACAAACCCAAUUUCAUCUGCUGUCAAAGCAUGGCUAGUGACUUCUCACAGUUGCCUAUUAAUAUGCUGUGUAUGGCUAACCUUUGAUUGGAUGUAUUGAUUGAUGAGCAAUCAACUAUUGUUAAUACACUAAUCUCAACUUUUUAUCUCA